UCAAAAUAGACAUCUGAUCAUGGCGGUCAACGAGAAAGGGAACACUGUUUUAAAAGAAGGCUGGGCUGUCAAGGAAAGUGGACAAGCUUUUCUAGGCAAAACAAACUGGAAAAGAAGAUGGUGUCGUCUCGUUAAACGUCCCGAGGGAAUCACAACAUGGUCAUAUUACAGAAAAAUGGAAGACAUUGAGGCUAAUCAGCCAGCUGGCUCGAUAGAGCUCGACUCUACAUAUGUUGCACGCGAACUAGAGACAAAAGAAGAAAAAAAUAAGCCGUUCUGUUUUGCCUUGGGGCCUGUGUUUGAUAAUACGGCAAAAAGGACUUAUUACGUCAGCUGUGAUAACGAAGAAGACAAGCUGUCCUGGAUGGAGGUAUUGAGUGCAUCGAUAGAAACAGAUCUUUUCUCUUCGGAGACAUUUAACGAAAAUAGAAGAAGCGUUCGCUCAAGAAUGGACAGACGGACAAGAAAGAAACGCCACCAGAAGACCUUAUCAGCUCCAGCGCAGAUGUCUUCAAAAGUCUUGCAAGUCAGAGAUGAAUAUUUGAACCCAAGUUGGCGAAUGGAGCAAUGGAGAUGCCUUUGUUCUGUCAUCAAGGAAGCAAUAUGGAAAAAAACUGACAGCAAAAAUGGCGUGACUCUCUCACGACUGAGCUUUAAACAUGAAUCAUACGCCGUGAUAAAGAUUGAAGGGUGUAUUCCUGUUCCUCUUGAAGUAACGUAUGAUUAUUUACUGACUGCUGUGAGACCUGGAGGAAAGUUUGACCAGAUUUUUCGAAAUGAAGAAGUUCUGGAAGUUAUUGAAGAUUCAAUCCCAAGGGCAUCCAUAGUAACCAACACGUACAGUCUUCCAAUGCCAAGUAUGUCUAGGCGAGAGUGCUGUUUACUAAGGUGUUGGAUACCAUCCUACCUCACCAAGGACAAUACCUGUGGUCUUUUCGUCACAUCGGUUAACUAUCCUAUGCACAAACCCACAAAGGGUUCCGUCAGAGUUCAAGUACAGCCGUCUGGAUUCAUGUUGUCUACAAUAGAAAAUAAAGACGGGUCACGUCAUACUUUGGUUAGCGCUCUGGGACAAAUAGAUCUUCAGGACUCACUACAGAGCAUGCUAGAGGCGACUUUCAAGUCUGGUCUUCUGAAAAUUGGUCUUCGAACAGGUUUCGCACACAUUAGUAAUCAGAUAGAAAAAUAUUACUCACUAAUAAAUAGAUAGAUUUUUAGAUGAAUAACAGAUGUAUAUAUAUAUAUACACUUUCUCUCCAAAGACAAAUAUUCUUUCAUUUAUCUACUACUUGGAGAUUUUAACCGAUUUGGCGGCUAUCUUGAAUUCUAUCGUUUUCAUUGAGACAUUAAGGGAUGCCGAGGGAUCAACUAUUGGACAAGUAUAGACUAUACAGCAGUCGGGGUAUUGAUGGGUUGCAAGCAUUUCCAGAGAGUCAAAAGACAAAAACAUGGCGGCCAUUGUGGUGCCGUUAACAAUGGAUGCUAAUAAGAAAUGUUUUGUAAAUGGCACCAACAUGGCCGCGAUGACGUAACGUGCAAUCGAAUAAUAUAUUUUUUAUCAAUUUACGCUUUUUAAUGAGAAGCACACCGAAAAAGCAAUUAAAGUUUUUGAUAGUUGGAACAAUAAACACCAAGAUUUCAAAUUAUUUGCUCUAUACAUUUUCUACAUUUUCCCCCUCGGCAUCUUAUAAUUCAAGAUGGCCAUCACACCAGUAAAAAGAUCUAUUUAAGYGUAGCUAAUAUUCAUCAAUCGAGGGGAGCGGGAUAAAUCAAAGAAGUAUUUUCUUAAGGUGGCUGGACCCCCUCACGCUUGACCGCUACCUUCCACUUUUGGAACGCUGGUACAUAAACGUGUUUUAUCGGAUUGCAAAUCUUUUUUACACAUAAGUCACAUAAAGAUUGAAUUAAUGUUUGAUACAGUUUUUAAUGAGAACGGAUGUCAUAACACGUGAUUAUGAUGAAAUACUUGUUUUUGUUUAGAGAACAAUUUUAGCCUUGCAGAGCGAUCAACAUAAAUGCUUCGUACCACAUAAUUGUAUACUAGAUGCGCUCCAUUAACUAUGCACAAACUGAGAAACUGCACGGAAGGAAACCUAGUGCACGAAAUGGUGGAGCUAGACCUUGGAAUAUUUACCGCAAAAUUUGACAAAUAUUCGCCUAACGAUUACGAAAGUAAAAAGUUUUCAUUCAUGAAGUGUAAACUUACUGGGAAAAUAGCGCAUUUAUAAUGCUUGGUUUGAAAAUUUCUUUAAGUAACAGCAGCUUGAUUUAUAAUACAUUUCCACAAAACAUACCAUAGCAUUAAAAUGGCUUCCUGCAUGCUAUUUUCAUAUAAGUGUUUCGUCCAAUCACUUCGCGGAAUCUUGUGACUCGGCUUUGAUUCUAAYCCUCCGAGUUUUAAGUGUGUUUUCACACCAGCCACUCUAAACUAAGAAACCAAAUCUCUGCUAAAACGUUGGGACWUUGAUAAAACUGAGUAUGAAUUUGGGUGGACAACCAUCGUAAACCGCUAUAAUUUAUCCCCACUGGUAGAGUCUUUCUUUAAUUUUCCCAGAGAGAAAGAAGAGAAAGAUAACGAUUGUCAAUGACGGAAAAAUUAAAGUGGUCAAAGCUC